AUGAACUUUUCCAAAUUACUGUACGUAUCUAUACUUUGCGUAUCAAUUUCGAAAUGUUCAGAAUCAGUGAAGCCUAAAGAAGUACCAUUCAAAUUUGAAAAUGGAAAAUCCGACAAACAUAUACUUGAUCAUCUAUUGAAUACCGAAAUUUAUGACAAGCGACUAUUACCACCGUCAUAUGGUCCUUCAAUAGUCAAUGUAAGCGUAGUGUUAUUUACAUUGUCAUCCCCCGAUGAAUCAAGUUUGAAAUAUGACAUCGAAUUUCUGCUGCAACAAGAAUGGUACGACUCAAGGCUGCAGUAUCCAAAUCAGACAGCUUUCAGCGUUCUGAACGGCAUUCACCAUCAGGGUGACAUAUGGUUGCCUGACACGAACUUUCACAUGCACGGUGACUUUAAGCCAAGCCAGCGGCCUAUAAGGUUCACUCUGAAUGUGUACAAUGACGGCCGAGUUGAGUACACAACCAGACGUCAUCUGAUGUUGGUUUGCGAAGGAUCGAUGAACAUAUUCCCAUUCGAUCAACCACUUUGUACAUUUUCCAUGGAAAGCAUAUCGUAUGAGAAGUCUGAUUUAAAGUAUGUCUGGAAAGACGAUAAUUUUGUCUUAAUAAAGUCACAUAAUCUGAAAACUUCUAAUGCUUACUUGGAACGAAAUCGAACUUAUGAAUGUGCUUCUACUGGGAGUUGGAGAGGUAAUUACAGUUGUCUACAAGUGGAAUUGAUAUUUAGUAGAGAUAGAACGUUUUACUUCGCUACUAUUUUCAUACCAGGGUUAAUUUUAGUCACCUCAUCAUUUAUCACAUUUUUCCUAGAAUGGGACGCAGUACCAGCGAGGACAAUUAUUGGCGUUACGACAAUGUUGAAUUACUUUACGACCUCCAACAGUUUCCGCCGGACAUUGCCCGACGUAGCUAAUUUGACUGCUAUGAAUGUUUGGGACGGAGUUUGUAUGUGCUUUGUGUUUGCCAGUUUCGUAGAAUUUGUAAUUGUAAAUUGUACGGGGAGGAGAAAAGUAAAAUCAAACAUUUCGAGUAACGCAGGAAGUUGCAGUAUUUCAAAGAAGAUAACCAAAGAAUUUAAAUGCCCGGAAUGUGCUCAAAAUGUUUGUUCGCAUUCACUACUCAUAGAUGUUGUUCCGAAAGUGAACGAAAAGAUCGCUACUAAACCGUCUGACCAAGUCCAUUUGGCUAUGACGAUCGACAUGGUGGCCAGGUUAACGUUCCCGUCUGCGUUUGUCAUGUUUUUGGCGUUCUUCUUCUUCUACUACUCAGUGAAUGCCAACAACCGAGCUAUAUCCGUCGGCACCGAUUGA